AUGAGUGAGAUCCUUCUCGUCUUCUCUCGCUCUCUCUCACCGUCUUACAAAACUGCCGUCUCAGAUCCUCUCUCAAACCGCCGUUUGAGAUCGCAUGCGACCAUCUCAGAUCCGUCUCGUGUUCCUCCUUCGUCCGCCGUCUCAGAUCCUUUCUUUCAAAACCGCCGUGUCAAAUCCUUCCUUUCAAUCGGUAAAGUUGUAUAUGGAUUUGGAAGAAUGAUUAGCAUCAUUGGGCAAGAACGGUUUCAGACAAUCAGCUCUGGUGAGUUCGUUCAUCUGUAUAUUGAUCUGUACACUUGUUAUAAAUUCUAUAAGACUCUAGUUUGA